GAGUGAAACAGACGGACGCUGUGUCUAUUUGUGUUGAGGUGUUUUAAAUCCCGUUUACAACUGAUUUCUGACUGGGACGCUAAUAGGAAUUUCUUGGUUUACUCGGUGUGUAUUCCGGUUAGGAGAAGAAAGAGAGCGAAGGAAACGUCUCUCAUCUUGACCUCUGUUCGCGAAUGGAAAGCGUCAGGAAAUACAUGUUCGUCCUCCGCUCCACGGUGGGACCUGGAAUCUAAGAUCAGAAGAGUUUCUUGCAGGAUCAUUCAUUGUAAAUGGAUUCCUUCUUUGUAGAGGGGGCCCGUGUCUGGCUGCGGGACAAAGAGCUGCUCCUCCCUACUACUGUCAGCUCCUGUUCCCACGACGACGGAUACCUGGUCCUUACAACCGACUACGGAAAGGUGAUAUACCUGCAGCAGGGGGAGCUGAGCAGAGACAAGGUGUUUCCUAUGCACCCCACCAGUAUUAAUGGAGUAGAGGACAUGUCUACUCUGGCAGAACUACAUGAGGCUGCCAUCAUGUACAACCUUUACCUGCGCUACCAGAAGGACUGCAUCUAUACCAAUAUAGGCUCUAUCCUAGCAGCUGUGAACCCCUACAAGCAGAUCCCAGGUCUGUAUGACCCAGCAGCAGUAGACCUGUAUAGUAGACACCACCUGGGAGAGCUGCCCCCUCAUAUCUUCGCUGUGGCCAACGAGUGUUACCGCUGUCUCUGGAAAAGACACGACAGCCAGUGUGUUCUCAUCAGUGGAGAGUCGGGAGCAGGGAAGACGGAGAGUACCAAGCUGCUGCUCCAGUUCCUGUCUGUGAUGUCACAGAACUCAGCCGGGACAGCCCACACUGAGAGGAGCACCCGUGUGGAGCAGGCCAUUAUCCAGAGCAGCCCCAUCAUGGAGGCGUUUGGGAAUGCCAAGACAGUGUACAACAACAACUCUUCCCGCUUUGGGAAGUUUAUCCAGCUCCACUUCUCCCAGAGUGGGAACAUCCAGGGAGGCUGUAUCAUCGACUAUUUACUUGAAAAGAACCGUGUGGUGAGACAGAACCCUGGAGAGAGGAACUAUCAUAUCUUCUAUGCUCUGCUGGCCGGGGCCGACAAGAAUCACAAAGAGCUGUACUUCCUGUCAGAUGGCCCAGAGUCAUACCACUAUCUGAGUCAGUCUGGCUGUGUGAAGGACAGGGGUCUAGAUGAUCUGAAGCUAUAUGACAGUUUUAUGGAGGCUCUAAAGGUGAUCCAGUUCAGUGAGGAGGAGAUACGUGACAUCUUCAAGCUGCUGUCUGCUGUUCUCCUGAUGGGGAACAUAGAGUUCAUGACGGCUGGAGGAGCACAGAUCACCUCUAAUGGAGUGGUCAGUAAUGUCAGUGAUCUGCUGGGCCUGGACUCGUUCCAGCUGUCUGAGGUUCUGACCCAGAGGUCCAUGAUCCUGAGAGGAGAGGAGAUCUGUUCACCCCUCACUGUGGAACAGGCGGUGUGCUCUCGGGACUCGGUUGCCAUGGCAUUGUACGCCCAGUCUUUCUCCUGGAUCAUCACACGGAUCAACCAGAAGAUCAGAGGGAAGGACAACUUCAAGUCCAUCGGUAUCCUCGACAUCUUCGGCUUCGAGAAUUUUGAGGUGAACAGGUUUGAACAGUUCAACAUCAACUACGCCAAUGAGAAGCUCCAGGAAUACUUCAACAAACACAUCUUCUCCCUGGAACAGCUGGAUUACAACAGAGAGGGCAUCCAGUGGGAAGCCAUAGACUGGAUGGAUAAUGCAGAGUGUCUGGACCUCAUAGAGAAGAAACUGGGCAUGUUGGCUCUGAUCAACGAAGAGAGUCGCUUCCCAAAAGGCACCGACUACACCCUGCUAGAGAAACUACACAGUAGACACGCUACUAACCAGUACUACAUGAAGCCCAGAGUGACGGAUCACCAGUUUGGCAUCAAGCACUAUGCUGGAGAGGUUCUGUAUGACGUCAGAGGGGUCCUACAGAAGAACCGAGACACCUUCAGAGACGACGUCUUAAACAUGCUCAAGGACAGCAGGCUUGACUUCAUCUAUGACCUGUUUGAGCGUGUCGGGAGCAGGAACGGAGAGGAGACCCUGAAGAUGGGGACGGCCAGACGCAAACCCACCGUCAGCUCUCAGUUCAGGGACUCUCUCCAUUCCUUGAUGAACACUCUGAGUGCCUCCAACCCUUUCUUUGUGCGCUGCAUCAAACCCAACAUGAACAAGAACGCCAACAUGUUUGACUCAGAAGUGGUCCUGAACCAGCUGAGGUAUUCUGGGAUGUUGGAGACCGUGAAGAUCCGCAGGGCUGGGUUCCCUGUCCGCAGGACUUUUAAUGACUUCUACAGCAGGUACAAGAUGAUCCUGAAAGACAAGCAUCCAACAGACGACCAGAGAGGGAGGUGCACAGAGCUGCUGAUGUCAUACGACCCCGCCAAGAUAGACUGGCAGCUGGGGAAGACUAAGGUGUUCCUGAAGGAAGAGCUGGAACACCGGCUGGAGAAGGAGAGGGAAGUGGUGCGGAGACAGGCGGGCAUGGUGAUCCGGGCACACAUACUCAGCUAUGUGGCAAGGAAGCGCUAUAAGAGGGUGCUGGUCAGCACCGUCACUAUCCAGAAGAACUACAGAGCUCACUUCUGGAGACGUGUGUUCCUUCGUCUCCGCACCGCAGCUGUCAUUCUACAGAAACACCAGCGCGGUCGGCUGGCCCGAGGCCUCUAUCGACACCUCUCUGAGGAGAAGAAGAGGAUAGAGGAGGAAGAGGAGGAGAGACUGCAAGUAGAGGGGGAGAGGAGGAGGCUGGAGGAAGAGGAGUUGAGGAGGAGGAAGGAGGAGGAGAGACUGAGGGUGUUGGAGCUGGAGGAGGUGAUGAGGAAGGAGGAGAGACUGAGGGUGUUGGAGCUGGAGGAGGUGAGGAGGAAGGAGGAGAGACUGAGGGUGUUGGAGCUGGAGGAGGUGAGGAAGAUGGAGGAGGAGAGACGGAGGGUGUUGGAGCUGGAGGAGGUGAGGAGGAAGGAGGAGGAGAGACUGAGACAACAGAAGGAGCAGGAAGCAGCGAAUAGAAAGGAGGAGGAGCUUUGCAACGGACAGCAAGUCGAAGACAAGGAGAAAUCUACAGCCAACAACAGGAACUCCCUGGAGAUGGAAUCUCCUGCUCCCCAUAAGGUGUCCCUGUCCUACUCCCUGCCCCACCACACCUCUGAGGAGGUGUCCCUGUCCUACUCCCUGCCCCACCACACCUCUGAGGAGAUGUCCCUGUCCUACUCCCUGCCCCACCACACCUCUGAGGAGGAGUCCUGUCAGAUGGAGGAGAUCCUUCGGCUGGAGAAGGAGAUUGAGAGGCUGCAGCGCCAGAAGGAGGACGGGGUGUCCAUGUUAGGGGACGGCCUUGGAGGGAACGGGGAGGAGCUCCGGCAGAGGAGGGACGCAGAGAUCUACCAGCUGGAGAAGGAGGCGUCUCGCGUGGCCACAGAGUUCCUGGAGCUCCUGGACUUUGGGGGUCUGGAACAGAGUCUGUCCAGCGAGGAGAAUCUCCACGACCCUUCAGAGCGCACCGCUCCCCUGGCCCGGGCCGAGGAGGAGGAGGACGAGGGCUUCCAUGCUGAGGAGGAGUGUCCCGGUAGCGGUAUCUUCCCUCUCCCCGUGGAGGUUCCUCUGGACCAGGAGGUCUUCUCCUCCCUCCCUCCUUCUCCUCCUGCCUUCGCUGAGAGUCUGGUAGCACAUGCCCUGGCUCUCUCUCAAGCUCCGUGUUGUCCCCCUGUUUACUACCCCCUCACCUCUAUUGUCCCUACACACCACCCGGCUCCUCCUCUCCCUGGCCUCACCAACGGAGGUGGGAAGGCUCUCUGUCACCAACCCACCAGGAGAAUAGAGGUGGCUCCAGAGAUCAACAGUGUGCCCAGAAGAGUGGACGUAGUACCCGACAGACCCUGUGCCAGGGUAGAUGUUAUGCCAACUAGAAUAGACGCGGUACCCUCCAGAUUCCCAGAGGCUGUGCCAGACAGGAGAGCAGAGCUAGCGCCCACUGUGCCUGUCCCAGGGGCCAGGGAGGUCAGAGAGGAGGUGUCAUUCAGCGUCCUACCAGACACAGAGUCAUACUGUGACCAGGAGGAGUUUGAGGAGGUGCAGGGGAGUACAGGCUCUAGAGACGUAGCCAGUAUCACGGGCGGACAUGCAACUGAUGAGGUGCUGAGGAAAUCAUCCUGUACUCAGAACAGCCUGGACUCCUUCAGAGGCAGCUCAGACUCUUUUAUAGACAGUGACACAAGCAACGAUGGCUAUGUGGACACAGACGAGGAGGUGUCCAAUGGGAGGGUGAAUCUACUGAACGGCUCUGGGCCUCCAUACUUCCACAGUUACCUCUACAUGAAGGGUGGACUGAUGAUCCCCUGGCGACGGAGGUGGUGUGUGUUGAAGGACGAAACCUUCAUGUGGUUCAGGGCUAAGCAGGACAGUCUGAAGAGUGGCUGGCUGUAUAAGAAGGGAGGUGGCAUGUCCACUCUGUCCAGACGGAACUGGAAGCUGCGCUGGUUCGUACUGAGAGACGAUAAACUCAUGUACUUUGAGAGCGACAGCGAGGAGAAACUGAAGGGGACCGUGGACAUCCGCUCCGCCAUGGACAUAGUGGAUAACCAUGCCAAAGAGAAUGCUUUGAACAUCGUGACUGAAGAGAGAACCUACCACAUCUACGCAGAGACUCCUGAAGAUGCCAGUGGCUGGUUCAACGUGCUGAGUCGUGUCCACAGUGCCAGUCCAGACCAGCUGAUGGAGAUGAACCAUGAGCAGGCCGACCCCAAGAACGCUGUGGGAACUGUGGAUGUUGGACUGAUCGACUCUGUGUGCGCGUCAGACAACCCUGACAGACCCAACUCGUUUGUCAUCAUCACUGCUAACCGUGUGGUCCACUGCAACACUGAGACGCCUGAAGAGAUGCACCACUGGAUCGGCCUGCUGCAGAAGCCUAAAGGAGACGCCAGGAUAGACGGACAGGACUUCCUGGUCAGAGGUUGGCUUCACAAGGAGAUAAGGGCUAAGAGUACUAGUCUGAAGCUGAAGAAGAGAUGGUUUGUAUUGACCUCUAACUCUCUGGACUACUACAAGUCUUCAGAGCGCAGUGUGUCCAAGCUGGGGACCCUGGUCCUCAACAGUCUCUGCUCUGUGGUCCAGCCCGACGAGAAGGUCUUCAAGGACACCGGUUACUGGUGCAUUAUCGUCCACGGCCGUAAACACUCGUACCACCUCUACACCAAACUACUGAACGAGGCUAUGCGCUGGGCGUCGGCCAUACAGGGGGCUGUCGACAGCAAGGUUCCCAUAGAGACACCCACACAGCAACUCAUCAGGGACAUCAAGGAGAGCAGUCUGAACGUGGAAGCUGUGGAGCAGACGUACUGGAGGAACCCUAUCCUCAGAUAUACCCAGCACCCCCUCCACUCCCCCCUGCUUCCUCUGCCUCAUGGGGAGGUCAACAUCCACCUCCAUAAGGAGAAGGGCUAUGCCAGCCUGCAGGACGAGGCAGUGAAGAUCUUCAACUCUCUGCAGGAGAUGGAGUCUGUGUCUGACCCCGUGCCGAUCAUCCAGGGCAUCCUCCAGACCUGCCACGACCUACGCCUGCUCAGAGACGAGGUCUACUGUCAGCUCAUCAAGCAGACCAAUCACGUGCCUCAGCCCAACAGCUCGGCCAAUCGCGCCCACUGGCACCUCCUCACCUGUAUGAGCUGUACCUUCCUGCCCAGCCGGGGCAUCCUGCGCUACCUCAAGUUCCACCUUAAAGGGGUGAAGGAGCAGUUUCCUGGAACAGAGGUGGACAUGUUUGCCCAUUUCAUAGGUGAGUCUCUGAAGAGGACCAAGGUCAGGGACUUUGUACCGUCUCAGGAGGAGAUCGUAGCCUUACUGACCAGGCAGGAAAUGACUACUACGGUCUACUGCCACGGAGGAGGGUCCUGCAAGAUCUCCAUCAACUCACACACCACCGCUGGAGAGGUGGUGGAGAAGUUGAUCCGAGGCCUGGCCAUGGAGGACAGUAGAAACAUGUUUUCCCUGUUUCAACACAACAACACUACGGACCGAGCUGUGGAGAGCAGAGUCAUCGUGGCUGACGUACUCGCCAAGUUUGAGAGGCUGUCAGGCAGUGAGGAGGUGGAGGAGGAGGGACAGUGGAGGCUCUACUUCAAACUCUACUGUUUCCUGGAUGUAGAGAGCAUGCCCAAGGAAGGGGUGGAGUUCGCUUUCAUGUUCGAACAGGCUCAUGAGUCUCUGACCAGCGGUCACCUCCCGGCCCCAGAAGACACCCUUCGGCACCUGGCCGCUCUCAGGCUCCAGUUCCUCCACGGGGACGAGGCCCGGGUCAGCUGGUCUCUGGACACCGUCUACCCUGUAGGGAGGCUCCACGCACGCAUCCUGCACUUCACCAAGGUGGGCGCGGCGGGGCCUGUGGGCCAAACCCUUGAGCGGAGGCGGACCAGCUUCCUGGACGGAACCCUGCGCCGCAGCGGGCUGAAGACUGGCUCCAUGAAGAAACAGAAGAUGGAGGAGGAACAGAUGCUGGAGAUGUGGGUGAAGGAGGAGACUUCAGCCACCAGGACCUCCAUCGUAGAGAAGUGGUCCAGACUUCAGGGACUGGACCAGCACACUGCCAUGCUCAAAUACAUGAACAUCAUCAAGGAGUGGCCCGGAUAUGGGUCCACACUGUUCGACGUAGAGUGUAAAGAAGGAGGCUUUCCUCAUGACCUGUGGCUGAGUGUGAGUGCAGAGAACGUGUCGGUCUACAAGAGAGGAGAACCUAAACCUCUGGAGACGUUCCCCUACGAACACAUCAUCUUCUUCGGCGCUCCCCAGGCCACUACCUAUAAGAUCACAGUGGACGACAGAGAUAUGUUCUUUGAGACACCUCUGGUUGGAGAGAUCACUAAGAUCAUGAAAGCCUACAUCAACAUGAUCGUAAAGAAGAGAUGCAGUGUCAGAUCUGGGCCCAGCUACGGAACCAACUGGAUCAGGUGAUUAGGGACAGGACACAGCCCAGUUGGCUUCCUACCGCCCCUGACCAGAAGGCUACAAGGCAGCAGGGUCCAUGAAGACAGGACUGUUCUCCUAAACUCAGAUGUCUGAAUAACUGAAAUCAGGCUGCUAUUCAGCUACUCCAGAACUCGUCCAACUCCGGUGUCCCUCAGUGUGGUACGCCAAGCCAACGUUCUAGAACAUUCUAGAAUGUGUAGCGCUAAAAGGCGGAGCUGCGUUCCUCAACCGUUUCCUAUUGCUAUUCUAUAGCUGUCGACAGAGUGGAUACCACGUUACCUUCUGCUAUUAUUUACAUCAAUUUAUCAAUAGUAUGGACCAAUCAGGAUGUCACAUCAAAUUUCCUUUUGUAUCAAGUUCUACCAUUUUCCAAUGGGAUUGAGAGAGAAAUGUAUCACUGUCAAGCCUUGCCCUGACUAGAUCCCCUUUCCUUAUAAGAAUGUUGUGUCUAUUUUUAAAUUGGCAAGUGUUAUUAUUUUUUAUUAUAAUAACAUAUGUAAAUGAAUGGGCGCCCAACUAUACCGUUAUAUAUUUACAAUGAGAAGAAGUUAUUUGUCUAAGUAAGGUUGAAAGACUUUCCCCUCAGGUUUUUCUGAGCAAUAGGAUUUGAAUCCCAAACCAACCACAGACCCAGGGAGUUGAAUCCCAAACCAACCACAGACCCUUCCCUUCUCCGCGUUACGUUACCUCCCAGGGAGUUGAAUCCCAAACCAACCACAGACCCUUCCCUUCUCCGCGUUACGUUACGUCCCAGGGAGUUGAAUCCCAAACCAACCACAGACCCUUCCCUUCUCCGCGUUACGUUACCUCCCAGGGAGUUGAAUCCCAAACCAACCACAGACCCUUCCCUUCUCCGCGCUACCUUCUCCGCGUUACCUUCUCCGCGUUACGUUACCUCCCAGGGAGUUGAACCCCAAACCAACCACAGACCCUUCCCUUCUCCGCGUUACGUUACCUCCCAGGGAGUUGAAUCCCAAACCAACCACAGACCCAGGGAGUUGAACCCCAAACCAACCACAGACCCUUCCCUUCUCCGCGUUACGAUACCUCCCAGGGAGUUGAAUCCCAAACCAACCACAGACCCUUCCCUUCUCUGCGUUACCUUCUCCGCGUUACCUUCCCCGCGUUACGAUACCUCCCAGGGAGUUGAAUCCCAAACCAACCACAGACCCUUCCCUUCUCCGCGUUACCUUCUCCGCGUUACCUUCCCCGCGUUACGUUACCUCCCAGGGAGUUGAAUCCCAAACCAACCACAGACCCUUCCCUUCUCUGCGUUACCUUCCCCGCGUUACGUUACCUCCCAGGGAGUUGAACCCCAAACCAACCACAGACCCUUCCCUUUCCGCGUUACCUUCCCCGCGUUACGUUACCUCCCAGGGAGUUGAACCUCUUUACAUUUGAAUGCCUUAAAUGGGUUCACUGCUUCCAUCCAUGUGGUUAUUCGUCUACUUUGGACUGUAAAGUAAUAAUUUUGACUUUCAGGAAUGGCAUCACCAAGCCAGGGUUAUGUCAGGGCUAAUAGCUUGAUGGUUAUAACCAGUUAUAAUGCUAGUGGCAGAAGCUGCUAUUCUAUAGCCUGGUCCCAGAUCUGUUUGUGCUAUUACUCUGAUUAUGAAGCUUAACAUGUUUGAAAUGACAAUUCCAUAAGAAGUUGGCAAAAGAGCAGAAAAGCAGGCUUGUGGUGCCCAAAGCUAGCCAUUCUACCCAGUGCCCGAGAAGCAGGUUUUUAACUCUGGUGAAAUAACACUAGUAUUUUAUAGAACUAGAACAAACCAAUACAUAAUCCAUCACUACUAUAUUCAGGUUAUUAUUUAUUUACUAUAAAGGCAGUGGUUUAAUAUAGAACAUUUUUUUUGCUUAAUUCUAAAGAACAUCAUUAUGGAAUUUAGUCUGAGGUAUUUUAAUUUAAAUGUUUUAUUUGCUAUUUUGAUUUGAAAUCAGUUUCGUCCUUGUAUUGAAAUGUUUUGUGUGACUGAAACUGUUGAAAGAGAGAGCGUGACGUGUUGAUGAUGUAACGAGCAGGCAGGUACUUCCUGGCUUUUUGUGUUACUGAAGUAUUGUUGGUCACGAGCGAUAGAGCAGGGUUAACCAUUUGACACAUGACUGUAAUAAAACACCUGCAGCUCGGCUCCAAAUGAUUCACAUUUUGGAUGUUCUAAAGUAUUCCCACGCCUAAGAGACAUUGACCGGACAAAACAUUAGGAACACCUACUCAUAUUGCGUUUCACCCCCUUUUGCCCUCAGAACGGGCUCAAUUCGUCAGGGCAUGGACAAUACAAGGUGUCGAAAGUGUUUCCCAGGGAUGCUGGCCCAUGUUGACUCCAACGCUUUCCACAGUUGUGUCACCUGGUCAGUCUAUGUCAUGGAAAGACCAGGUGUUCAUAAUGUUUUGUACACUCAGUGUAUAUAUGUGAUUGUAAACAAAUGUAAGCAAGGUUUGAAAUCAUUAUGUAUUAGUCAAAUAUUAUAUCCUAUUUGGGAUUCUUGCGGUCAAUUUGCAGUCUACAAAGUGUUAUGGAUGAUAUUCCAGCCCCCUGUUCCAGCCCCCUGUUCCAGCCCCCACCCCAGCCCCCUGUCCCAGCCCCCUGUCCCAGCCCCCUGUCCCAGCCCCCUGUUCCAGCUCCCUGUUCCAGCCCCCCUGUUCCAGCUCCCUGUUCCAGCCCCCUGUUCCAGCCCCUGUCCCAGCCCCCUGUCCCAGCCCCCUGUUCCAGCCCCUGUUCCAGCCCCCUGUCCCAGCCCCCAGUCCCAGCCCCCUGUCCCAGCCCCCUGUCCCAGCCCCCUGUUCCAGCCCCCCACCCCAGCCCCCUGUUCCAGCCCCCUGUUCCAGCCCCCUGUCCCAGCCCCCUGUCCCAGCCCCCUGUUCCAGCCCCAUGUUCCAGCCCCCUGUCCCAGCCCCCACCCCAGCCCCCUGUCCCAGCCCCCUG